AGCUGACAGAGAGGAACAAGGAAUUGAAUGGUGAAAUGGAAAGUCAGUCAGACACCGAGCCCCGCCUUCUGAGAUUGGCGGGUAACCUAGCAACACAGGGAGCGCCGAGACAACAGUGCGUAGUAGGGAAACCUGGAGCCCACGGAGAAGGACUGCAGACCCAGGAGAAGCACAAGACCCGGAGGCCUCCCGAAGCCUCGGUCUCCUAGGGCCCAUGGAGGCCGGGAGGCCGGGCCAGGAGAUGGCCUCAGGCAUCCGCACCGCGACCCCUCUCUACCAAGGCACUUCCCUGAUCAAGAUGCCACUGAAGACGGAGACGUGGCAGCAGCCGGGCAACCUGCCGAAGCCGCCCGUCCCCUCCAAGUCCAAGCUCAGCACCAUCGAGGCCAAGCGGAUCAUGUCGGUCCUGGACGAGGCCAUCUACAAGGUGGAGCUGGUGACCCUGCUGUCCUACGCCAUGGCCCAUCCUGAGGCCCUGGAGGGGCUGCCGGGCGAGGAGGUGGCGAGGACGGUGGCGGAGCACGAGGACCUGUGCCAGACCCUGCUGGACACCAUCAGCGACCUGCAGGAGAAGGAGCGGCUGGUGCAGGCCGAGGAGGCGGCCGAUGAGCCCUGGUUCCAGGACUGCCUGGCGGCCAUCGCGCAGCACAGGGCCAGCCUGGGGCCGCAGAUGCAGCAGGUCAGAGAUUCCACCCGGAACGUGCUGCGCCUGCUGCUGGGCAGCCCCCCGGCCGCCAGGCUGCUGCAGGCGCAGGCGCUGGGCAGGAGCACCGCAGCCCAGCGCUUCAUCCUGGGCCUGGAGGAGCUGCGGGGUUUCCUGUUCGAGCGGCUUCUCACCAGCCCCAUGGAGGCCAGGGACCGGGCCCAGUUCAUCCUGGACAUCAGCCGGCGCAACCGGAGGAACCAAGAGGUCAUCGACGCUCUGGAGCAGGAGCUGGCCGUGCGGGUGAAGAACCGGGACUCUGAGGUAGAGAAGGAGAACUUCGUGAUCCAAGAACUGAAGAACCACCUGCACCAGGUGCUCAAGUUCUCAGAGAACAGCCUCCUGCGCACGAAGCAGGAGGCAGAGAGGCAGCAGAAGGCGGACUUCCGGGCGUCGCAGGCCAGGCUGGCCAAGAUCCAGCAGGAGAUCCUGGCGCUUCGCUCGCAGUACCACAACCUGGUCAUGGAGAACCGGGAGGCCGAGCAGGCGCUGAGGAAGAAAAAAUAUAAAGUGGAGACAGAAAUUGAGAACUGGAUCCAAAAAUAUGACAUGGAGAUGGGUGAAAAGCAGGACGAGUACGAGGACCUGGACAUCAUCCACAAGGAGGAGAAGCUGCAGCUGGAGGAGCUGAAGCUGAGGCACGUGGUGCUGGUAGAGGAGUUCUCUCAGAUCCUGGCCGAGCGGGAGGUCAACGCCAAGAAGAGGGCGGAGGCCGAGCGGGAGAUGAUGCACAUGGUCAGGGCCGCCACACUCAUCCAGGCCGUGUGGAAGGGCUACCUGGUCCGCUCCAUGCUCAGGUCCAAGAGGAAGAAGCGGGUCAAGGGCAAGGGCAAGUUCAAGUUCAGGGGCAAGGGCAAGUUCAAGUUCAAGGUCAAGGGCAAGGACAAGGGCAAGGACAAGGACAAGGGCAAAGGCAAGGGCAAGGGCAAGGGCAAGGGCAAGUAGUGAGCCUGCCCCCCAGAUCCGGCCAGCCUGCGCUGCAGACCACCAUUCCUGGUUUGAUUGUUUUAAACUUAAAAAAAAAAAAUUUGUUUGAAAAGCCAUGUCCAAAGGAGCAUCCUACCAAUAAAGCCGUCUUACUCAGCUGUGGGCUGGGCACUGCCUGUGGGUACCUC